UCAGGAAGCGUUGUCAUGGCAGCAGUAAACACCAACAUGGCGUCGCUUCUGAAGGAUCCGUUGUUUGAGAUUUCUGGUCGGGGUCCUGCGCCAAAUAAAGACUUUUACUACUUUGCUGUCACCAAGUCACAAGUGAUAUGGAGAUGGUGGAAGAUCUCGGCCAGAACUGUGGACCGAUACACCAAGCCUGGGGAGGAGAAGGAGUCUCACAGUGUCUUCUUGGAUGACUUUGAGCUUCAGAGGGAAGUCGGGAUGGUUUUUGGAGCAAAGAUCUUGCAGUUCACCAAGGCUUUGUGCCAAGGACAGUACAAUUAUCUUGAGCGCCUACCCGACUCCAUCCUGCUGCAGAUAAUAAACUGUCUGGAGCUCGAGGACGUGGGCCAGCUUGGACGAACCUCGCGCAGGUUUAGGCAGUUGUGUGGGUCACAGGAGUUCUGGGAGCAGGCCACGCGCCAGCGUUGCUGCACCAUCUCCGCUGAAGUGGCGUCUCUGGCGCUCGAAGUGGGCUGGCGCAGGAUUUUCUUCACCAACAAGCUGCAGCUGCAGAAGCUGCUCGGCCGCAGGAGACCGAAGGCCGAGCAGGGAGGCCGGCCCGACUGUGACGAAGACGCCAAGGCAGAGGGAUCUGCCAGUGAAGGCUCGGGCUCUGAGGAGGAAAUCCCCGCUGGUACCGUUUGCCUUCAAGGUGCUGGAGCUGAUCCAGACUUCAACGCCAACCCUUGCCGUGAUGUUGGCCCUGAUCCAGAGGCUGAUUAUGAUCCCUUCAAGCUCAUUGCUGACCGCCUCAGAGAGGACAUUCGGUUCUCUGAGGUGGAGACGUUGGCUCAAAACAGGAAGCUGGGCAGGGGGGUAGGAGACAGCACAGAGCCAAUCUAAUUGAUUUAAGCCUAGCUUAAAAAAUGCCAAAAGGUUCAGUUUAAGACUUAUAGUUGUAUUGUUAACAUUUAUGCUCAAAUAUUUGGUGAGUUGCUUAUUCUAAACGUGUUUUUAUUGACUUGUCUACAUUUGAUAGUACUUUAGAUGCACAGUAUUGUCCCAUAAGAGACAGUUUUCUUAUUGUACAUUAUAAUUCACAAAUGAUAA